AUGGCGGCACCACUAACAAGCUACAUGCUAGCACGCAUACUCCAGCUCCACACAGAUACAGAAACCAACUCCUCCAAACCUCAUCGCCGGUCGCUAGAAGUAAGCACCGAAAACGUCAUGAGCCUCGGCACCAUACUCUCCAUCGUGUUCGCCGGGAUGAUUCUUGCCGAAAUCGUCUUCUGGUGCAUCUACAACAGGUACUGGCGGCAGGAGUGGUUCCAGGAUCCGGCGUACCAAGCACUGGGCGCGGAGGCGGCGGAGGGUGCGCUGGUGUGA